AUGCCGCUGCUCUGGGUGGUAGUGUUGGGGGUGUUAGGAGACUUUGGGGCAGAGGGAGAGGAGUCUCUCUGUCGGAUACUGGGGAGCCCAGAGUUCCCUCUGCUGUCCAAGGAAGGAGACGUGACUAUAGGAGGAGCCUUCUCCAUCCACAGCAAAAUCACAGAGCCCCCGCUCUCCUUCACAGAAACACCACCUCCUCUCACCUGCUCCAGGUAAGCUCCUCUUUGGUUACAGUUUAUUGAAUAUUUGGCUAUUUUAUUAUUAUUUCAUUUUGAGGGGGAAAUGUAAAAAAAAUAAAAAACAAAAAUAACCACCACUUUUGUGGUUGUAUGCUCAUGAUUUGUAUGACUUUAACUCAUAUUUUUCUUUAUCUUCCUCUAGUGUAAACCUCAGAGAGUUCCGAUUUGCUCAGACCAUGAUCUUUGCCAUCGAGGAGAUCAACAACAGUGACAUUCUGCUUCCGAAUGUCUCUAUUGGAUAUCGUAUCUAUGACAACUGCGGCUCGACUCUGUCCUCCAUGCGUGCGGCCAUGGCCCUGAUGAACGGUCAUGAGAGGACGGUGGGAAAGACCUGCUCUGGCCAAUCAGCAGUCCACGCCAUCAUCGGAGAGUCAGAGUCCUCCUCCACCAUAGUGAUGUCACGCACCACAGGCCCAUUCCAAAUACCUGUGGUAAGAGGCCCUAUAGGAGAAGCUAUUGACAUUAUAUGAGAAUUUAAGUCAAUCUUGUUUUUAGUGUGUUCACUUCCGUCUCUUUCUCUCUCUGUCUCUCUCCCUUUCUCUCUCGUCCUCUCUCUCUCUCUCUUCUGUAGAUCAGCCACUCUGCCACAUGCGAGUGCCUAAGCAGCAGGAAGGAGUACCCUUCUUUCUUCAGAACCAUCGCCAGUGACCUCUAUCAGAGCAGAGCCCUGGCCCAGCUGGUCAAGUACUUUGGCUGGAGCUGGGUGGGAGCGGUCAAUAGUGAUAGUGACUACGGUAAUAACGGCAUGGCUAUCUUCCUGGCUGCAGCCCAGGAGGAGGGCGUCUGUGUGGAAUACUCAGAGAAGUUCAGCCGGACGGAGCUAGGGAAGCUGUUAAAGGUUGUGGAUGUGAUCCGAGCGGGGACGGCCAGGGUGAUCGUAGGCUUUCUGGCCCACGUGGAGAUGAACAACCUGCUGGAGCAGCUCAGUCUGCAGAACAUCACCGGCCUGCAGUUUAUUGGUGUGGAGGCCUGGAUCACUGCAGACAGCCUGGUCACCCCUACUAGCUACAGUGUGCUGGGGGGUUCACUGGGUUUUGCUGUACAGAAGACCAACAUUAGCGGCUUCUUCGACUUUGUGACAAAGCAGUUCUGGGAGACGGCAUUUCAAUGCACAGAGACAAGCCACCAGGAGAAUGCAACGCUGAGUAGGCCUUGUAGUGAGAGUCAGGAUCUGAUGGAGCUGAGAGGUUAUAAUGCAGAUGUGGAAGAGCUCAGAUACUCUAGUAAUAUCUAUAAAGCCAUAUAUGCAGUGGCCCACUCUCUGCACAUCUUGCUGAAGUGCAAAACGGAACGCGGAUGUGAUCAAAAUGUGAAAACUGAACCUUGGCAGGUAACAGCAACUACACUUCCACUAUUCUCUAUUCCUCACCGCCAGUGUAACUGAAAAUAUUUUUUUUUACUUUUUUUCCUUUGUCCAGGUAGUGGAGUCUCUGAAGCAGGUGAAUUUCACUAUAAAGACGGGGGACCAGGUGUGGUUUGACAGUACCGGUGCUGCAGCAGCCGUGUAUGAGGUGGUGAACUGGGCCAGAGGGCCAGACGGAGGCGUCCAGUUUAAACCAGUGGGUUACUAUGAUGCCUCCCUACCCCCUGGACAACAGUUUGUCCUCAGGACAGAGGACAUCAUGUGGCCUGGGGGGCAUCAGGUACAGUAAAUAGCUGCUCCCAGGUUAAAACAAAUUGUUUACAAACACAAACGUUUCUGAAUAAAAGAAGCUUACCGGUUAGAGCGUUGGGCCAGUAACUAAAAAGGUUGCUGGUUCGAGAACCCUGCUGGAGUAAAACGUGUAACAUUUAGAGUAAACCGUGUAUGCUCUCUGUCCCCUAAAGAUGCCCGUGUCAGUGUGCAGUGAGAGCUGUCCCCCAGGCACUCGUAAGGCUGCACAGAAAGGAAAGCCUGUCUGCUGUUAUGACUGUAUCCCAUGUGCAGAGGGAGAGAUCAGCAACGCUACAGGUACCACAAUCCCAACAAUCAACCUACACAGAACUUAUACAAAUUGCGCACUGUGUGUCCUAAUCCAGUUUUUCAGGGUUCAUUCCUUGGUCAAUGUAAUGUCUAGAUUAUGACAUCAUGUCUUCUAUUUUACUCCUAUUCAUGAUUUCCUUUCAGAUUCUAAUGGCUGCGUACACUGCCCUGAGGAGUACUGGUCAAAUCCUGGCAGAGACAUGUGUAUAUUAAAGGCUAUUGAGUUCCUGACCUUUACUGAGGUCAUGGGGAUAGUACUUAUGCUUUUCUCCUUGUUUGGAGUGUUUCUAGCUGUGCUUGUGGCUAUUCUCUUCUUGAUAAAGAAGGACACUCCCAUCGUCAGGGCCAACAACUCUGAGCUGAGCUUCCUGCUGCUCUUCUCCUUGACUCUGUGUUUUCUGUGUUCUCUUACUUUCAUUGGCCGGCCCUCUGAGUGGUCCUGUAUGCUGCGCCACACAGCGUUUGGGAUCACCUUCGUCCUCUGCAUCUCUUGUGUUCUGGGGAAAACAAUAGUGGUGUUGAUGGCCUUCAGGGCUACACUUCCAGACAGUAAUGUCAUGAAAUGGUUUGGGCCUCCACAGCAGAGACUCAGUGUUCUGGCUUUCACUCUCAUACAGGUCCUGAUCUGUGUUCUCUGGUUAACAGUCUCCCCUCCUUUCCCCUACAAGAAUAUGAAGACCUAUAAGGAAAAGAUCAUUCUAGAGUGUGAUGUGGGUUCAGCCAUUGGUUUCUGGGCUGUGUUGGGGUAUAUAGGACUCCUGGCUCUCUUGUGCUUUGUGCUGGCUUUUCUGGCUCGAAAGCUGCCUGAUAACUUCAAUGAGGCCAAAUUCAUCACCUUCAGCAUGCUCAUAUUCUGUGCAGUCUGGAUCACCUUUAUCCCAGCUUAUGUCAGCUCUCCUGGGAAGUUCACUGUAGCUGUGGAGAUAUUUGCUAUUCUGGCCUCUAGUUAUGGGUUGCUUUUCUGUUUAUUUGCACCUAAAUGUUAUAUAAUCCUGUUUAAACCUGAGCUAAAUACCAAGAAACACAUGAUGGGGAAAAUGAAAUAAAAACAUGCAAUGUACUGUAAUGAUCAUUUUUCCUAAAAUCUUUCCAUGUGCUGCUCUGCUUGAUCAAGUAAUAAAUGGAAUUGGGAAUGCGUUAAGCUUCAGUGCUAUUCUGUCAACAUACAGUACAAGCACCCCACUGCAAGUGAAAGACACACAAGCAAAUGGCAUGUCCUUAUUCUGGCAAAUAUGCUACUGGGUCUUUCCACAAAGUGAGUCCCUUUUGGGUAGUGUAACUUGGUGAAAACAAAAGUUUGAUUUCACCUGAUUUUAACAUUCUGUCACGAAGCGCACAUGUUCAAUUUAAUAAAAAAACAUGUUGUCCCAUCUCAAGAGGUUAAAAUAAAAUAAAAUAAACUAUAGUCAGUGCCUAUGAAAGUUAGAGUCCUGAAUUGAAACAAUUACAAAGCCAACUCCCCGCCUCAGUUUUGGUAAAAAAUCUGAGGGAUGCGCCUGGAGAAAUUAAUCUGUUAAAACGUUUCUAGCCUGUCUAUCUAUGGCCAACAGGGUUGUUGCUAUGGGCAACUCAGUUUUCCACCACAAAACACCAGAAAAUGAAAGAAAGAGUAGAACCACCUCAACUGCUUUUCAAAUCAAAUCAAAUCUAAUUUUAUUUGCCACAUGCGCCGAAUACAACAGGUGUAGACUUACUGAAAUGCUUACUUACAGCCCUUAACCAACAAUGCAUGUAUUUCUUCAUAUAAAAGUAAAAUAAAACAACAACUAAAAAAAGUGUUUAGAAAAAAAGAGCAGAAGUUAAAAUAAAAUAACAGUAGGGAGGCUAUAUACAGGGGGGUACCGGUGCAGAGUCAAUGUGCGGGGUCACCGGCUAGUUGACGUAGUUGAGGUAAUAUGUACAUGUGGGUAGAGUUAAAGUGACUAUGCAUAAAUCAUUAACAGAGUAGCAGCAGCGUGAAAAGAAGGGUUGGGGUGCAAAUAGUCUGCGUAGCCAUGAUUAGCUGUUCAGGAGUCUUAUGGCUUGGAGGUAGAAGCUGUUGAGAAGCCUUUUGGACCUAGACUUGGUGCUCCGGUACCGCUUGCCGUGCGGUAGCAGAGAGAACAGUCUAUGACUAGGGUGGCUGGAGUCUUUGACAAUUUUGAGGGCCUUCCUCUGACACCGCCUGGUAUAGAGGUCCUGGAUGGCAGGAAGCUUGGCCCCAGUGAUGUACUGGGCCGUACGCACUACCCUCUGUAGUGCCUUGCGGUCGGAGGCCGAGCAGUUGCCAUACCAGGCGGUGAUGCAACCAGUCAGGAUGCUCUCGAUGGUGCAGCUGUAUAACUUUUUGAGGAUCUGAGGACCCAUGCCAAAUCUUUACACUGUGAUUUGACUAAUAGAUGUUCCAAAAAAUAUUUUAAAAGGAAUAGUUUCACUAAAUUAAAACGAAAGUUGAGUUUACGUAACAGGGUUGACCUUAAAAUGAGGGACAGUUUUUUAUUUUUUAAAUAAAAAAUCACAUUAAUAAAUAAUAAUCUUCAGAAAUGACUUUGUCAAAACAACAAAAUAACUAGGGUUUAAAAACUAAAAUCUGAUUCAUUUAAUAAAACAGGCUUUUAAAAUUCAAUAUUGGUGCACAAUUUCUACUUAAAAUAUCAAAGGGACGCAAAAGGGACUCAUUUCGUGGAACGACCCUACUCCAUAUUAGAGACACCACCUAAAUGAAACCAACUAUACAGACAAAGGACUUGAAUUUGACACCUUCAUCCACCUGUAUAUGCUGGCAUUAGCGGUCCCCAAAUACACAAAGAACACACACAACCUGUAUUCGUUAUCCGUCACUAGGACAAUGUGUUUAACAACAUUGGUCAAACUUACACUACCGGUCAAAAGUUUUAGAACACAUACUCAUUAAAGGGUUUUUCUUUAUUUUUACUAUUUUCUACAUUGUAGAAUAAUAGUGAAGACAUCAAAACUAUGAAAUAACACAUAUGGAAUCAUGUAGUAACCAAAUAAGUGUUAAACAAAUCAAAAUAUAUUUUAUAUUUAGAGAUUCUUCAAAUAGCCACCCUUUGCCUUGAUGACAGCUUUGCACACUCUUGGCAUUCUCUCAACCAGCUUCAUGAGGUAGACCCCUGGAAUGCAUUUCAAUUAACAAGUGUGCCUUCUAAAAACGUAAUUUGUGGAAUUUAUUUCCUUCUUAAUGCAUUUGAGCCAAUCAGUUGUGUUGUGACAAGGUGUGGGGGGGUAUACAGAAGAUAGCCCUAUUUGGGAAAAGACCAAGUCCAUAUAACAUUUACAUUACAUUUACAUUUACGUCAUUUAGCAGACGCUCUUAUCCAAAGCGACUUACAAAUUGGUGCAUUCACCCUAUAGCCAGUGGGAUAACCACUUUACAAUGUAUUUAUUUUUUUAGGGGGGGGGGGGGGGGGGGGGGGGGUAGAAGGAUUACUUUAUCCUAUACCAGGUAUUCCUUAAAGAGGUGGGGUUCCAAGUGUCUCCGGAAGGUGGUGAGUGACUCCGCUGUCCUGGCGUCGUGAGGGAGCUUGUUCCACCAUUGGGGUGCCAGAGCAGCGAACAGUUUUGACUGGGCUGAGCGGGAACUAUGCUUCCGCAGAGGAAGGGGAGCCAGCAGGCCAGAGGUGGAUGAACGCAAUGCCCUCGUUUGGGUGUAGGGACUGAUCAGAGCCUGAAGGUACGGAGGUGCCGUUCCCCUCACAGCUCCAUAGGCAAGCACCAUGGUCUUAUAACAGAUGCGAGCUUCAACUGGAAGCCAGUGGAGUGUGCGGAGGAGCGGGGUGACGUGAGAGAACUUGGGAAGGUUGAACACCAGACGGGCUGCGGCAUUCUGGAUGAGUUGUAGGGGUUUAAUGGCACAGGCAGGGAGCCCAGCCAACAGCGAGUUGCAGUAAUCCAGACGGGAGAUGACAAGUGCCUGGAUUAGGACCUGUGCCGCUUCCUGUGUAAGGCAGGAUCGUACUCUCCGAAUGUUGUAGAGCAUGAACCUGCAGGAUCGGGUCACCACCUUGAUGUUAGCGGAGAACGACAGGGUGUUGUCCAGGGUCACGCCAAGGCUCUUCGCACUCUGGGAGGAGGACACAACGGAGUUGUCAACCGUGAUGGCGAGAUCAUGGAACGGGCAGUCCUUCCCCGGGAGGAAGAGCAGCUCCGUCUUGCCAAGGUUCAGCUUGAGGUGGUGAUCCGUCAUCCAUACUGAUAUGUCUGCCAGACAUGCAGAGAUGCGAUUUGCCACCUGGUUAUCAGAAGGGGGAAAGGAGAAGAUUAGUUGUGUAUCGUCAGCGUAGCAAUGAUAGGAGAGGCCAUGUGAGGAUAUGACAGAGCCAAGUGACUUGGUGUAUAGCGAGAAUAGGAGAGGGCCUAGAACUGAGCCCUGGGGGACACCAGUGGUGAGAGCACGUGGUGCGGAGACAGCUUCUCGCCACGCCACUUGGUAGGAGCGACCGGUCAGGUAGGACGCAAUCCAAGAGUGAGCCGCGCCGGAGAUGCCCAGCUCGGAGAGGGUGGAGAGGAGGAUCUGAUGGUUCACAGUAUCAAAGGCAGCAGACAGGUCUAGAAGGACAAGAGCAGAGGAGAGAGAGUUAGCUUUAGCAGUGCGGAGAGCCUCCGUGACACAGAGAAGAGCAGUCUCAGUUGAAUGACCAGUCCUGAAACCUGACUGGUUUGGAUCAAGAAGGUCAUUCUGAGAGAGAUAGCAAGAGAGUUGGCUAAAGACGGCACGCUCAAUAGUUUUGGAAAGAAAAGAAAGAAGGGAUACUGGUCUGUAGUUGUUGACAUCAGAGGGAUCGAGUGUUGGUUUUUUGAGAAGGGGUGCAACUCUCGCUCUCUUGAAGACGGAAGGGACAUAGCCAGCGGUCAAGGAUGAGUUGAUCAGCGAGGUGAGGUAGGGGAGAAGGUCACCGGAGAUGGUCUGGAGAAGAGAGGAGGGGAUGGGGUCAAGCGGGCAGGUUGUUGGGCGGCCUGCAGUCACAAGUCGCGAGAUUUUAUCUGGAGAGAGAGGGGAGAAAGAAGUCAAAGCAUAGGGUAGGGCAGUGUGAGCAGGACCAGCAGUGUCAUUAGACUUAACAAACGAGGAUCGGAUGUCGUCAACCUUCUUUUCAAAGUGGUUGACGAAGUCAUCCACAGAGAGGGAGGAGGGGGGGGGGGGGGGGGGGAGGAUUCAGCAGGGAGGAGAAUGUGGCAAAAAGAGCUUCCUAGGGUUAGAGGCAGAUGCUUGGAAUUUAGAGUGGUAGAAAGUGGCCUUAGCAGCAGAAACAGAUGAAGAAAAUGUAGAGAGGAGGGAGUGAAAAGAUGCCAGGUCCGCAGGGAGUCUAGUUUUCUUCCAUUUCCGCUCAGCUGCCCGGAGCUCUGUUCUGUGAGCUCGCAAUGAGUCAUCAAGCCACGGAGCUGGAGGGGAGGACCGAGCCGGCCAGGAGGAUAGGGGACACAGAGAGUCAAAGGAUGCAGAAAGGGAGGAGAGGAGGGUUGAGGAGGCAGAAUCAGGAGAUUGGAGGGAGAAGGAUUGAGCAGAGGGAAGAGAUGAUAGGAUGGAAGAGGAGAGAGUAGUGGGAGAGAGAGAGCGAAGGUUGCGGCGGCGCAUUACCAUCUGUGUAGGGGCAGAGUGAGUAGUGUUGGAGGAGAGUGAGAGAGAAAAGGAUACAAAGUAGUGGUCGGAGACAUGGAGGGGAGUUGCAGUGAGAUUAGUAGAAGAGCAGCAUCUAGUAAAGAUGAGGUCAAGCGUAUUGCCUGCCUUGUGAGUAGGGGGGGACGGUGAGAGGGUGAGGUCAAAAGAGGAGAGGAGUGGAAAGAAGGAGGCAGAGAGAAAUGAGUCAAAUGUAGACGUAGGGAGGUUGAAAUCCCCCAAAACUGUGAGGGGUGAGCCAUCCUCAGGAAAGGAACUUAUCAAGGCGUCAAGCUCAUUGAUGAACUCUCCAAGGGAACCUGGAGGGCGAUAGAUGACAAGGAUAUUAAGCUUAAAUGGGCUAGUGACUGUGACAGCAUGGAAUUCAAAUGAGGAGAUAGACAGAUGGGUUAGGGGAAAAAUUGAGAAUGUCCACUUGGGAGAGAUGAGGAUUCCUGUGCCACCACCCCUCUGACCAGAUGCUCUCGGGGUAUGCGAGAACACAUGGUCAGACGAGGAGAGAGCAGUAGGAGUAGCAGUGUUUUCAGUGGUAAUCCAUGUUUCCGUCAGCGCCAGGAAGUCGAGGGACUGGAGGGUAGCAUAGGCUGGGAUGAAUUCAGCCUUGUUGGCAGCAGAACGGCAGUUCCAGAGGCUGCCUGAGACCUGGAACUCCAGGUGUGUGGUGCGUGCAGGGACCACCAGGUUAGAGAGGCAGCAGCCACGCGGUGUGAGGCGUUUGUGUAGCCUGUGCGGAGAGGAGAGAACAGGGAUAGGCAGAGGCAUAGUUGACAGGCUGUAGCAAAUGGCUACAAUAAUGCAGAGGAGAUCGGAAUGAAAUGAACUAAACAUCUGGGAAAGGAGAGAGCGGGGCCUCCCUCACCACAACUCCCAAAUAUAACUCUCCCAACUUCCACCUCAGAAACUAUAAUUGUUUCACUGAAACACCCGAAUAAAACUCUCCCAACUUCUACUUUAGAAAUGAGAAUUGUUGUAAACUACAGCGGUUCAAUGUUUCAAGGAAUAGACUCAACUUACUUUAUUCAGCUAGCUAACUAUGACGCCAUAGCUAACUAGCAUGCUAGCAUCCAAUAACACACGGUUUAGCACCAAUACUUGGUUACAACAAACUACCAAUAGUGUGUUAACACACUAAACAGAUAAUUUGUGUCCGUGUCUAGUUCCUUUCAUAACGCAGCAAUAAUUAAACGUUGGCUAGCUAGCACAAAGAUAUUGUAUUUAGCUGCUACAGUACUGCUAGCUGGUAGUGUUGGCUAGCUAGCAAUGGCUGCUGUGUUGACUUUGUUUGAAAAACGGCGUCGCUGCGAACGAAUGUAGCUGGCUAAAAUUAUAUUGUAUUUAGUUGCUAUAGUACUGCUAGCUGGUAGCGUUGGCUAGCUAGCAAUGGCUGCGGUGAUGACUUUGUUUGAAAAACGGCGUCGCUGCGAACAAAUGUAGCUGGCUAAAAGGAUAUUGUAUUUAGUUGCUUCAGUACUGCUAGCUGGUAGCUGGUAGUGUUGGCUAGCUAGCAAUGGCUGCGGUGUUGACUUUGUUUGAAAAACGGCGUCGCUGCGAACGAAUGUAGCUGGCUAGCUAACCUCGAUAGUUACUCUAUACUACACCUUUAUCUUUGAUACAAAUACAACUAUGUAGCUAGCUAACAUUACACUAAUCAAAUUGUUCCAUUGUAAUGUAAUGUGUCAUAUUACCUGCGGAGCGAAGUACAGCAUGACUAUUCACCUCACCUCGCCUGCCGUGAACGGCAAGAACGACAGUCCAUCAUUACUUUAAGACAUGAAGGUCAGUCAAUACGGAACAUUUAAAGAACUUUGAACGUUUCUUCAAGUGCUGUCGCAAAAACCAUCAAGCGCUAUGAUGAAACUGGCUCUCAUGAGGACCGCCACAGGAAUGGAAGACCCAGAGUUACCUCUGCUGCAGAGGAUAAGUUCAUUAGAGUUUCCAGCCUCAGAGAUUGCAGCCCAAAUAAAUGCUUCACAGAGUUCAAGUAACAGACACAUCUCAACAUCAGCUGUUCAGAGGGGACUGUGUGAAUCAGGCCUUCAUGGUCGAAUUGCUGCAAAGAAACCACUACUAAAGGACACCAAUAAUAAGAAGAGACCUGCUUGGGCCAAGAUACAUGAAAAAGGACAUUAGACUGGUGGAAAUUUGUCCUUUGGUCUGGAGUCCAAAUUGGAGAUUUUUGGUUCCAACCGCUGUGUCUUUUUGAGACGCGGUGUUGGUGAACGGAUGAUCUCCGCUAGUGUAUUUCCCACCGUAAAGCAUGGAGGAGGAGGUGUGAUGGUGUGGGGGUGCUUUGCUGGUGACACUGUCUGUGAUUUACUUCUAAAGUACAUGAAUUCUACACUCUUAGAAGAAAGUUGCUAUCUAGAACCUAAAAGGGUUCUUCGGCUGUCCCCAUAGGAGAACCCUUCGAAGAACCCUUUUUGGUUCCAGGUAGAAUCUUUUUGGAUUCCAUGUAAAACCCUUUCCACAGAUGGUUCUACGUGGAACCCAAACGUUUUUUUAAAUCUGGAACCAAAUAGUGUUCUCCUACUGGGACAGCGUACGUCAGUACAUGGUGAUUAUUUUAACUCUUGCAGGUGUUGAGUUACCUGCGAGACGAAAACUUCACCAUGAAGUCUGGGGAGAGAGUUGAUUUUGAUGAGAACAGAGACCCCACAGCCACCUAUGAGCUGGUGAACUGGCAGAGAGAGCAGGCAGGAGAGACUGUGUUUGUGACAGUGAGGAAUUACGAUGCCUCUCUCCCUAAUGGAGACCAGUUUACCAUGAAUAGGAUAAAGAUAGCAUGGGUUGGCAAUCUCUUAAUGGUACACAGUAACACAUGGCAUCUCUUAAAGGUAAAGAGUAACACAUGGCAUCUCUUAAAGGUAAAGAGUAACACAUGGCAUCUCUUAAAGGUAAAGAGUAACACAUGGCAUCUCUUAAAGGUAAAGAGUAACACAUGGCAUCUCUUAAAGGUACACAGUAACACAUGGCAUCUCUUAAAGGUAAAGAGUAACACAUGGCAUCUCUUAAAGGUACACAGUAACACAUGGCAUUUCUUAAAGGUACACAGUAACACAUGGCAUCUCUUAAAGGUACACAGUAACACAUGGCAUCUCUUAAAGACCAUGGUGCUUGUCUACGGAGCUGUGAGGGGAACGGCACCUCCGUACCUUCAGGCUCUGAUCAGUCCCUACACCCAAACGAGGGCAUUGCGUUUAUCCACCUUUAGGCUGCUGGCCCCCCUACCUCUGCGGAAGCACAGUUCCCGCUCAGCCCAGUCAAAACUGUUCGCUGCUCUGGCACCCCAAUGGUGGAACAAGCUCCCUCACGACGACAGGACGGCGGAGUCACUCACCACCUUCCGGAGACAAUUGAAACCCCACCUCUUUAAGGAAUACCUGGGAUAGGAUAAAUUAAUCCUUCUACCACCCCCCUUACCCCACCCCCCCCAAAAAAAUAAAAAUAGAUAUAUAUUGUAAAGUGGUUAUCCCACUAGCUAUAAGGUAAAUGCACCGAUUUGUAAGUCGCUCUGGAUAAGAGCUGCUAAAUGACGUAAAUAUAAAUGUAAAUGUUAAAGGUACACAGUAACACAUGGCAGCAGUUGCAGGUACUUUUAGAGAAUACAGAUAAUUAGAUUAAAUAUAUUUUAAUUGGUGGGAGAAAUCUGAUGACACAUACAAUGUGUAUGUGAUAAUGAAUUGAAUUGAAUGAUUGUGUGACCAAGAGGUUAAUAACUUGACUGAAGGAGAAAAGAGAGAGAGAGCCAGAGAGAGGGAGUGAGUGAGCAGGUGUUGUAUUGGUGUUUCAGAGGCCUCGGUCUGUGUAGUGACAGCUGCCUCCCAGGGUUCCGCCAGGCAGAGAUCUGCUGUUUGUCAUGUAUGUGCUGCUGGGGAUAUAAUCAACCUAACAGGUGAGACAACUGAUACUACAUCCAGCGCUAGCUUCUUGGGGACCCUAAGAUGAAUGGUCCGGGAGCCCCCUAGCAGCCGCAUACGUCUCUUAGUAGCCGGGCUCUGACUGAUACUAACCAAAUCCACUGACCUAAAAGAUACAUCAACUGUAGAAUACGUGUUCACUUUUAGAAUAUAAUACGCUACUUGAUUAUAAUUAAAUCAGUGUUGUGACAUGAGCAUUUUCCUUUGUAGAUUCAGCUGAACGCACACGGUGUUCCCUGGAAUACUGGUCAAACGGAGACAAGAGUCGCUGUGUCCCGAAGUAGGUGGAAUAUCUCUCAUUUGACGAAAUCACGGGAAUCCUCCUGGCUGCAAUCUCAUUGGUCGGAGCGUGUUUAACCACAGUGGUGGCAUUGGUUUUCGUUCACUUCCAAGAGACUCCCAUCGUCAGGGCCAACCACUCAGCUUCCUGCUGCUCUUCUCCUUGACUCUGUGUUUUCUGUGUUCUCUUACUUUCAUUGGCCGGCCCUCUGAGUGGUCCUGUAUGCUGCGCCACACAGCGUUUGGGAUCACCUUCGUCCUCUGCAUCUCUUGUGUUCUGGGGAAAACAAUAGUGGUGUUGAUGGCCUUCAGGGCUACAAUUCCAGACAGUAAUGUCAUGAAAUGGUUUGGGCCUCCACAGCAGAGAUUGACUGUAGUGUCCUUCACGUUUGUCCAGGCUUUGAUAUGCACUCUGUGGUUGGUCCUGUCCCCUCCCUUCCCCAUUAAAAACCUCACUACCUACAAGCAAAGGAUCAUUCUAGAGUGUGAUGUGGGUUCAGCCAUUGGUUUCUGGGCUGUGUUGGGGUAUAUAGGACUCCUGGCUCUCUUGUGCUUUGUGCUGGCUUUUCUGGCUCGGAAGCUGCCUGAUAACUUCAAUGAGGCCAAAUUCAUCACCUUCAGCAUGCUCAUAUUCUGUGCAGUCUGGAUCACCUUUAUCCCAGCUUAUGUCAGCUCUCCUGGGAAGUUCACUGUAGCUGUGGAGAUCUUUGUUAUUCUGACCUCUAGCUUUGGGUUGCUUUUCUGUAUAUUUGCACCUAAAUGUUUCAUAUUACUGAAAGCAGAGAUAAAUACAAAGAAAAACAAUAAUGUAAUUACGGACUGUUGGAAAUGUACAGAACUGGGACCUAGAGGAAAAUGUUUUACAUUUCAGUCAGGGGGAGGCUUUAGUAUUUUAGUAUUUUUUAAAAUCUAGUCCAGGGGACUUUUUCAUGUUAUUUGUAAUUGAUAACAUUCCAACAUUUUUUAGAAUGAGUUGCUUAUUAAGCUAUAUCUCCAUGUGUGCCCGAUGCCACCCCUCAUCUCUGAUUCUCCACCCUGCGCUCAAUAUUAAGUGUGCCUAUAGGCUAUUUAGUGUGGUCUCAAUCAAAUUAUCCAUACCUUAGGCUAGGCAAUACGAAGAGCAUGUUCGGAGAAGAACAGGGCACAGUUAUAUUUCUAAGAAAAUUAACUUAUUUCUCGAGUCUUUUGCGCUGCUGGGAUGGUGUAAAUAAAACUAGGCUGCAUCCAAUUGUCUCAUUCCUCCCCUUCCUCUCCCCUGUAACUAUUCCCCAGGUUGUUGCCGUAAACGAGAAUGUGUUCUCCGUCAACUUAUCUGGUAAAAUAAGGGUAAAAAAUAAAAAUAAAAAUCAAACUGCAAUGGAUAUUCCAACCCAGAGCCCCGGCCUGCUCUGCUCUUGCUGAUCAAAACCUUUUAUCGUGGUGCCUAACCAAUGGCUGAACUGUGUACGGUGGCAGUUUUGGAGGCGAGUCAAAGGCUUUUUCUGAAAUGUGUUUUUGAUUAGUCCGAAGAAAUUACAUAUAGUUUAUACUAGCCUAUUAUGGGAGAGCGUGAAGAUGAGAAGGAGGACCAGAGGUCAUCUUUGAUAGCUUACUACUACUAUACUUGAUUUUAACAACAACAAUAUGUUUCUUGCCCAUGAAGAAGCUACUUAUGAGUGUAAGGGUUGGUGUGAGGUGUGACCCAGGUAUGGUGCAGGAUAGACAGUAGGCAGUAGGCAGAGAUGGUGAAACAAGGAACUUUACUGAUGGUCCCGAAGCCAGGAUACAAAAUAACAGACUUUACACAAAAAAGAAAGGCGGAGCAAAUAAGACUCCAAAAAAAAGGCAGACAGCCAAAAUACGAAAUACUAACUAUGACUGAAAUAAUAAAUAAACAGGGAGAACACUUUUCACGUACAGUGAGGGAAAAAAGUAUUUGAUCCCCUGCUGAUUUUGUAUGUUUGCCCACUGACAAAGAAAUUAUCAGUCUAUAAUUUUAAUGGUAGGUAUUUGAACAGUGAGAGACAGAAUAACAACAACAAAAAAUCCAGAAAAACGCAUGUCAAACAUUUUAUAAAUUUAUUUGCAUUUUAAUGAGGGAAAUAUGUAUUUGACCACCUCUCAAUCAGAAAGAUUUCUGGCUCCCAGGUGUCUUUUAUACAGGUAACGAGCAGAGAUUAGGAGCACACUCUUAAAGGGAGUGCUCCUAAUCUCAGUUUGUUACCUGUAUAAAAGACACCCGUCCACAGAAGCAAUCAAUCAAUCAGAUUCCAAACUCUCCACCAUGGCCAAGACCAAAGAGCUCUCCAAGGAUGUCAGGGACAAGAUUGUAGACCUACAGAAGGCUGGAAUGGGCUACAAGACAGCUUGGUGAGAAGGUGACAACAGUUGGUGCGAUUAUUCGCAAAUGGAAGAAAAACAAAAGAACUGUCAAUCUCCCUCGGCCUGGGGCUCCAUGCAAGAUCUCACCUCGUGGAGUUGCGAUGAUCAUGAGAACGGUGAGGAAUCAGCCCAGAACUACACGGGAGGAUCUUGUCAAUGAUCUCAAGGCAGCUGGGACCAUAGUCACCAAGAAAAAACAAUUGGUAACACACUACGCCGUGAAGGACUGAAAUCCUGCAGCGCCCGCAAGGUCCCCCUGCUCAAGAAAGCACAUAUACAGGCCCGUCUGAAGUUUGCCAAUGAACAUGAAAGUGUUGUGGUCAGAUGAGACCAAAAUGGAGCUCUUUGGCAUCAACUCAACUCGCCGUGUUUGGAGGAGGAGGAAUGCUGCCUAUGACCCCAAGAACACCAUCCCCACCGUCAAACAUGGAGGUGGAAACAUAAUGCUUUGGGGGUGUUUUUCUGCUAAGGGGACAGGACAACUUCACCGCAUCAAAGGGACGAUGGACGGGGCCAUGUACCGUCAAAUCUUGGGUGAGAACCUCCUUCCCUCAGCCAGGGCAUUGAAAAUGGGUCGUGGAUGGGUAUUCCAGCAUGACAAUGACCCAAAACACACGGCCAAGGCAACAAAGGAGUGGCUCAAGAAGAAGCACAUUAAGGUCCUGGAGUGGCCUAGCCAGUCUCCAGACCUUCAUCCCAUAGAAAAUCUGUGGAGGGAGCUGAAGGUUCGAGUUGCCAAACGUCAGCCUCGAAACCUUAAUGACUUGGAGAAGAUCUGCAAACAGGAGUGGGACAAAAUCCCUCCUGAGAUGUGUGCAAACCUGGUGGCCAACUACAAGAAACGUCUGACCUCUGUGAUUGCCAACAAGGGUUUUUCCACCAAGUACUAAGUCAUGUUUUGCAGAGGGGUCAAAUACUUAUUUCCCUAAUUAAAAUGCAAAUCAAUUCAUAACAUUCUUGACAUGUGUUUUUCUGGAUUUUGUUGUUGUUAUUCUGUCUCUCACUGUUCCAAUAAACCUACCAUUACAAUUAUAGACUGAUCAUGUCUUUGUCAGUGGGCAAACGUACAAAAUCAGCAGGGAAUCAAAUACUUUUUUCCCUCAUUGUACCUGUCCAUAUGUCCCGCGAUCAGACACUGAUUAGUACUGCUUGUCAUAGUGAAAACUGAGCAAGGGAGCACAUGGAAGUGAGGGCAUAAAUACACAUGUGAAUCAGAUAGACAGAGGUGACACCAAAAGGAAGAUGAUUAGUCCAGACUGUGAGUGAGGAGGUGCCUAAGGUUGUCGGAGGAUGACACCUAGUGGGUCGCUCCAGAACUGCGACCCCCUCCUUUAACAAUGAGAGUUACGAAGGUGUACUUAAUGUUUUGUACACUCAGUGUAUAAUGGUACAUUGGUAUGUGAUGCUUUAUGCUAGAAACACGCUGUAAAAUACCCAGGAAAUACUUUUUUUUUGCAGGGCGUAGCAUAUCAUACAAAAUGUAUUACAUUGCACACAAUUGUGGACCAUUUUCGGGGACCCGUUUUGGUUACCUGGAAGAGUAGCCAGCAGUUAAAGCUUACAUUUUUUCUGUGUUUGUAGGCCUACUCUGUCUGGGGUGGAAAGGUAGGCCUAACUUUUGAAAGUACCAUGCUUACAUUCAUAAUGACAUCUCAGAUUUAAUUAUUUGCAAACAGCGACAGUUUCGUUGCAAACAAAACACACUGAUUUGGCAUUGGAGAAAUAUGAUAAGGUGAAUGCAUAGGCCUAUUUCUCUGUCUAUUCUUAGCAUGUCAUUUCGGUCAUUUGUGUGGUAUUAAAACAUAUUCUGAUCAAGGCCUCCAGUCAUGUAACAUGACAUAGGAUUGAAACACAUGAAAUGCGCUUAUAAAAGGCUACUUUGUCUCUGACCCGCAAAUACAAUGAUAGACUCAUGCAAUGCUUUUAUUAUAAAGGAGAUCUUUCUACCCUUAGUCUUGUCCAUGGUGGUCUGCGAACCCACAACUUUUGGCCCGCAUCCCUUUGUGCUAUCCAAAUUGUUAGGUUGCCAUUGAAUGCUUACGAGAAAAAUAACAGUUUCCAGAACUGCAUAUCGGCUCUGGGCCCGGUUUCCCAAAAGCAUCUUAAGGCUAAGUUCAUCAUAAAAUCUCUGAGCUUUUUCCCAAAACCAUCGUCAUUAACGUUGCACUUGAAAACGCUCUUAAUCUCAUUUCUGCCUCAGACCUCUCGUAGAACAGCUAAGUGCAUCGUUAAAUGCUUUUUUUGCCCUCCCGUGUCACUUUAUACACACUUUAUGAGGGAGAGGGGGUGGGGAGGGUGUGGGCGUUGGACAAGUGCGCAGGUUGCCCCCGAAAUGGUCAGUAUUGUGAAAUAAUUAUAAUGCUGAGGUAAGAUUUGAAUGGAGAAAGCUGAUCAGAGAGCAGCGCUGCUUUUCUUUUCGAUCCUAUCAAUAUCGACAUAUUAUGCUCCAACGACGCACUUAGCGACCGUUCUCGCUGCGUGAUGUUUUGGGAAACGCAUGUAAAAUCUUCGGCUGUUGUAGGAAAGACGCAUCGUUAAAACACUCGUAAGCCUAAGUUCCAUCGCUAUCGGGAAACCGGGCCCUGGUCUAAAACUGCAUACCGAAGGCCCUGGUCUGUCCUAGGAGUGGAGGGUGAACGGUAGGCAUGUCCUCUGCUGUCCACUUUAUGUUUUAAUUAAUAUUAUUUUGGGUACAGGGGAGGGUCACUUGUUUUUUUUUCAAUCUUUCAUGGAGGGUUUAGUACAAAAUUCAAAAGGCACUCGCACGUCUGUGCUAUCUUUUGUUGCAGGUGCAAGGUAACAGUUGAAUAAGAUGAGAAAAAAUAAGAAACCCGCACACUGCUCUUGAUAGUAUCACUGCUCUUGAUAGUAUCACUGCUCUUGAUAGUAUCACUGCUCUUGAUAUUAUCACUACUCUUGAUAGUAUCACUGCUCUAGAUAGUAUCACUGCUCUUGAUAGUGUCACUGCUCUCGAUAGUGUCACAGCUCUCGAUAGUAUCACUGCUCUUGAUAGUAUCACUGCUCUUGAUAGUGUCACUGCUCUUGAUAGUGUCACUACUCUUGAUAGUAUCACUGCUCUUGAUAGUAUCACUGCUCUCGAUAGCAUCACUGCUCUUGAUAGUAUCACUGCUCUUGAUAGUAUCACUGCUCUCGAUAGCAUCACUGCUCUUGAUAGUAUCACUGCUCUUGAUAGUAUCACUGCUCUUUAUUAAGCUUUACGUAUCGACCUGAAGGCCUUUCUCAGAGCUUUUGUGCAUUUUAUUUUUAAAUUAGCACCCUUAUGUAGACAUAGCUCCACCCACAUCCGUUCAAUGCAUCGAAUGGGGUUGGAGUCGAGGGAAAAUAAGUAAAGUGUUACCAAAUAUAACAAUGUGCAUUUUUUAAGUAUUCUAAUAAAGUGUAUACAUAAAACGUAUUAAACACGUCUGUAAAACCACAAUGAGGACAUCGACCCAUCAGCGACUGGAGGGUUUAGUUGAAAUAAAUAUUUGCUGAAUGGAGGGCCAUCCAUUUUCAUUUCAGAUAGGUCUGAUUUUCUCUAGGUACCCCUUAUUAUAAAUAACCUACAGUACAUGUUGACUGAUUGAAAUAAGUUAUUUCCCAAGGACAAAUUAUAACUAGAAAAAACAAUAACGCUAAACCAUUCACUAAUAAUCAAAAAACUACUUUGUUGUAUUUCUGCCUGAAUUGCAGUUUCACCGGAAACGUUCUGAUUUCCCCAAAGACUCGCCAUGUCAAAAAACAAGGUUUCUUCAGAGAAGUAAUCUUUUAGAAUCUAUAUUCAGAAGUGACUGAGUCAUUGGUUCUGGGAAAGACACACGGGACUACACUAUUCUUAUUUAACACCCGAUAGGCCAACUCUUUUGUUGUGAGUGUCAUCAUUGGUGGAAACCGAGACAUUGAAACAUUUCUAAGCUCCUAUAGCAUCAUACCCAUCAUUAAUGGUAACAUAUAAAAGGAGCACAGGGGGAGGGUUGUCAGGACCGUGAGAGGUGAGAGACUCAGUGAAAAGCUAUGCUGCAACUAGCAGACCUCCUGGUGAUCACUCUGGUGACAGUGACAGCUAAGGCUGGGGAGCCUGUGUGCAGACUUUAUGGAACAAAAGAACUGUCACAGUUCUCAAAGGAGGGAGACAUCAAUUUAGGAGGCAUUUUUUCCUUUCACCAAAACCCAGUCAGUGUGAAUCCAACUCUGCAGGUCAACCCAGGAAUGAUCACAUGUGAAGGGUAAGAAAUUGUUGAAAAAUAGUUUAGUGUGAAUCAUAAUGCUUAUGUCUCUGUUCACAUGUACAAACAUGUAUGGUCACAGGUGUGUAUAUUAUGGUCACAGGUGUGUAUAUUAUGGUCACAGGUGAGUAAGAAAAAUCAUAUUCAAAAAGUGUUGAAAACCGUCUGUCUCCGGCUGGGAUUUCACUGACUAAAUGCUUUAUACGUCUGUCUCUGGCUUGGAUUUCACUGACUAAAACUGAAGUGACAGCACUAGAUCUCCUCUCUGCAGGCUGGACCCAGGUGAGCUCCAGUAUGCCCAGACCAUGAUCUUUGCCAUAGAGGAGAUCAAUAACAGUUCUGAGCUGCUGCCAGGCCUGUCUCUGGGCUACAGGAUCUUUGACUCGUGCCCCAGCAUCCCCCUGUCUGUUCGGGCGUCCCUGGCUCUGAUGAACGGACACGAGGAGGAGUCACAGAGCUGCACCAAGCCCUCCACCGUGCACGCUGUCAUAGGGGAGACCACCUCCACCUCGACCAUAGCCAUGGCGCUCACCAUGGGGCCCUUCCACAUACCUGUGGUGAGUCAGGGAGUGUAUGGGUGUGUGUGUGUAUGUACUGAAAGAGAAAGGCAGAGAUUAUACUAUGUGAAAACACUGCCUCGCCUAAGUACUACGUUGGAGCAGUGUGUAAGAAACGUCUGUCUUCUGUCUUCCAGCUCAGUCAUUCAGCCACCUGUGCUUGUCUGAGUAACAGAAGGCAAUACCCUUCGUUCUUCAGAACCAUCCCCAGUGACUUCUAUCAGAGUAGAGCCCUGGCGAAGCUGGUCAAACACUUUGGCUGGACCUGGGUGGGGGCCAUCAGAACCAACAGUGACUAUGGUAACAAUGGCAUGGCCACCUUCCUGAAAGCAGCGUCCAGUGAAGGGGUGUGUGUAGAGUACUCAGUGGCAAUCUACAGGACCGACCCCAGAGAGUGGUUCCUAAAGGUGGUGGACAUCAUUAAACAGUCCACCUCCAAGGUGAUCGUGGCGUUUGCAGACGGCACAGACCUGGACAUCCUCAUCAAAGAGCUGUACCUGCAGAACGUGACUGGGCUGCAGUGGGUGGGUAGCGAGGGUUGGAUCACCUACCGUUACAUCGCCUCCCACGUCAACUACGCCGUGGUCCAAGGGGCGGUGGGCUUCGCCGUGCCCAACGCGGUCAUCCCCGGCCUGGGGGAGUUCUUGGCCGACAGACGACCCUCCACCCAGCUGGGGGACAGGGGGCUGGUGGAGUUAUGGGAGAGUGUGUUCAGCUGCAGCAUGACUCCUGACUCACAGGGCUCCCCAGUCAGAGCCUGCACAGGGAGGGAGUCCCUGAGAGACAGUGGCUCCCGCUACACGGAUGUGUCAGACGCUAGUCUGCUCAACAACAUCUACAAAGCUGUGUAUGCUGUGGCUCACGCUCUACACCUGCUCACUUCCUGUCAGAGUGGACAGGGGCCUUUUCAAAAUAACACGUGUCCAGACAUGGAUAAAAUAGAGCCUUGGCAGGUAAAGUACCUCUGUGGCUUUUUACCAAGCAAACAGAUAACACCUGUAGCCUGUGACAGCAGGUCGGGGGGGGGAGAAAGCAACACACGUCUAUUUAUUUUCUUCCUCCAGGUGUUGCACUACCUGACCCAGGUGAACUUCACCACUAAGCAUGGGGAGAGGGUGUUCUUUGAUGAGCAGGGGGAUCCAUCGGCACGCUACGCCCUGGUCAACUGGCAGAUGGAUAACACAGGGUACAUCUUGUUCGAGACCAUCGGCUACUAUGACGACUCACAGCCAGAGGGAAAGAAGUUUGAGAUGAAGGAGGGUGUGAGUGCCGUCUGGGCAGGCAAUCAGCCUGAGGUAAGGACCUGUUAGGGAGAGCCCUCCUUCAAUCAUUCAACACAAGUGUGACUGUGUUCCUUUAAGCCAAGUCUUUUUUACAGUGAGAGUUUUGUGUUAAAGUAUACUGUAUACUUGUGUGUGACUAAAUAUGAGUGAUCCCUUGGGGUAAAGUGUGGCUGUGCGUUCUAGGUACCCAGGUCUAUCUGCAGUGAGAGCUGUCUGCCAGGGACCCGCAGGGCCUUCGUUAAGGGGAAACCUGUCUGUUGCUUUGACUGCAUCGAAUGUGCAGACGGGGAGUUCAGCAACACCACAAGUGAGACCUCGGGACUCGUAGCCUUUACUCUAGCCUUCAUCAUGUUCAUGUUGGGAAGAAUCUCAGCCAGCACUUUACUGGUCUAUCUAAAGAUGUACUCGCUGUACAUAAUCAAACUGUUUAUGUUUUCAGAUGCAGUGACAUGUACAACAUGCCCCCCUGAGUACAAGUCAAACGAAGAGAGGAAUAACUGUAAUUUGAAAGGCAUUGAAUACCUCACCUUCAGGGAACUCAUGGGUAUAAUGUUGGUGGCAUUCUCUGUGUUUGGUGGAUGUCUGACAAUGACAAUAGCGCUGAUAUUCUUCCACUACAGAAAGACUCCCAUCGUCAGGGCCAACAACUCUGAGCUGAGCUUCCUGCUGCUCUUCUCCUUGACUCUGUGUUUUCUGUGUUCUCUUACUUUCAUUGGCCGGCCCUCUGAGUGGUCCUGUAUGCUGCGCCACACAGCGUUUGGGAUCACCUUCGUCCUCUGCAUCUCUUGUGUUCUGGGGAAAACAAUAGUGGUGUUGAUGGCCUUCAGGGCUACACUUCCAGGCAGUAAUGUCAUGAAAUGGUUUGGGCCUCCACAGCAGAGAUUGACUGUAGUGUCCUUCACGUUUGUCCAGGCUUUGAUAUGCACUCUGUGGUUGGUCCUGUCCCCUCCCUUCCCCGUUAAAAACAUCACUACCUACAAGGAAAAGAUCAUUCUAGAGUGUGAUGUGGGUUCAGCCAUUGGUUUCUGGGCUGUGUUGGGGUAUAUAGGACUCCUGGCUCUCUUGUGCUUUGUGCUGGCUUUUCUGGCUCGAAAGCUGCCUGAUAACUUCAAUGAGGCCAAAUUCAUCACCUUCAGCAUGCUCAUAUUCUGUGCAGUCUGGAUCACCUUUAUCCCUGCUUAUGUCAGCUCUCCUGGGAAGUUCACUGUAGCUGUGGAGAUCUUUGCCAUUCUGGCCUCUAGUUAUGGAAUGCUAUUUUGUAUAUUUCUCCCGAAAUGCUACAUCAUUUUAUGUAAACCAGAGAAAAACACAAAAAAACAUUUGAUGGGUAACAUGUCAUCAAAAGCACUUUGACUUCGUUGCAACACCUAUCGAAUAUACUUUACAUUACUGACUUGAAAAUGUUUCGAUGUUAGAUGAUAUUGUUUAUACAGUCUUUGUCUAAUAUAAUGUUUUUAGAUAAUAUGACAUAUUGUAAGUUUCAUCUCGUAUCUUUAUAUCCUAAUCUGUGCGAUAUUCAAUAAAUUGUGGCCGAUAAUGGUUUCUCUGCUAAUUUCUCAAAGAUCUCUUCUCAACUGUGAUGAAUAACCAUUGAAACUCAGUGGAACUAAUAAUAUAUUGACAUCACAUCUGCGAGGUCUAUUAAAAGGUAAAAUCACAACCCCAAUUCAAUAAACUUAUCAUGUUGCCUAUUUUAAGGGGUCCUUAUUACAUGUGUAAUUACAUUGUAACAAGUGUUGUAGUUAAUUAUUGGAACUUAAAGUUACACUGUAUUAACAACAUGUGACUGAUGGUAACUGCAAUCUGUAAAUACAGAGGUGUAACAACAAAUGCUUGUUACUGUGCUUGUUACAAAUGGGCAAGUUUCCACUAAAUUCACCAAUGUAGCGUUUGGUUUCUUCUCAGCUGAAUCUGUUUCAGUAAUAAUUGUCACAGGGUUGUGAUCUCUUGUGGACAGAUGCGCUGGGUGUCAGAGGUUAAAGGUUAAAGGUUGGAGGAUCAGUAGGCUCUAAUUACCUACCCGUGAAUGUGCACUCUUCAAAAAUCUCCAUUCAAUGUUGUUGCUAGCACUUUUGAUAACAUUUGGUUGAGUUUACAAAAACAGAUCAGAUACAGGUCAACGUCACUGACUGGGGUCCACCGUAUGGAUGUCAUCCCAGAUUAUAAUAUUUGUACUUGUAAUUAUUGUGUACCCAUUAUGACAACCUGGACCUCCUUGCCAUCCAAGUCAGAGGAUAAACCCACUAGCACACCACAUAGUACAUGUAAUAUCAGCGUAAGUAGAACGUAAUUAAUAGGUGUUACACAGGAUUGACCUAGUUAAAAUGAAGUGUAUUUCUAUGUAAUUAAUUAUUACUCAAUACCAAGUGAAAAUACCUACAAAAGAUGAGCUUCUACUUUAGUCAACUUUAUUGAAACAUGUAAAAAAUUACAUUUCUUAUGAAAUAAUAAGGACUUUUAAUUCGAUUAAACAAAGAUAUUGUCAAUAAUCAAUAACAUAAAUCUGUAGCCUACAGUAUGGUGAAUAGCCUCGAUCAGUGGUUCCUCAAACUGUGGGUUGAUACCCACUUUUGGGUCGCGGCAUGGGUCCAGGUGGGUCGCGGGAUGAUUCUUUUAUAUAUAUAUAUAUAUAUUUUUUAAAAUUGAUUUUAGGAAUGGAAAAACACCUUCAGUGUAAACUUAAAUGACAAAAAAACAAAUAGAUAGUAUAUAGAACAGAUAAUGGACCUACACUACCCAGUCAAAUGUUUUAGAACACCUACUCAUUCAAGGGUUUUUCUUUAUAUUUUACUAUUUUCUACAUUGUAGAAUAAUAGUGAAGACAUCAAAAAUAUGAAAUGACACAUAUGGAAUCAUGUAGUAACCCAAAAAGUUUUAAACAAAUCUAAAUAUAUUUUAUAUUAGAGAUUUUUCAAAUUGCCUUGAUGACAGCUUUACACACUCUUGGCAUUCUCUCAACCAGCUUCAUGAGGUAGUCACCUGGAAUGCAUUUCAAUUAACAGGUGUGCCUUCUUAAAAGUUAAGUUGUGGAAUUUCUUUCCAUCUUAAUGCGUUUGAGCCAAUCAGUUGUGUUGUGACAAGGAAUACAGAAGAUAGCCCUAUUUGGUAAAAGACCAAGUCCAUAUUAUGGAAAGAACAGCUCAAAUAAGCAAAGAGAAAUGACAGUCCAUCAUUACUUUAAGACAAUGAAGGUCAGUCAAUAUGGAAAAUGUAAAAAACUUUGAACGUUUCUUCAAGUGCAGUCGCAAAAACCAUCAAGUGCUAUGACAAACUGGCUUUACUGCUUUUAUUUUUUACUUAUCUAUUGUUUACUUAACACUUAUUUUUCUUAAAAGUGCAUUGUUGGUUGAGGGCUUGUAAGUAAGCAUUUCACUGUAAGGUCUACACCUGUUGUAUUCGGCGCAUGUGACAAAUACAAUUUUAUUUUAUUUUAUUUGUUGAGGACCGCCACAGGAAUGGAAGACCCAGAGCUACCUCUGCUGCAGAGGAUAAGUUCGUUAGAGUUACCAGCCUCAGAAAUUGCAGCCCAAAUAAAUGCUUCACAGAGUUCAAGUAACAGACACAUCUCAACAUCAACUGUUCAGAGGAGACUGUGUGAAUCAGGCCUUCAUUACACUUCAUGGUAGAAUUGCUGUAAAGAAACCACUACUAAAGGACACCAAUAAGAAGAAGAGACUUGCUUGGGCCAAGAAACACGAGCAAUAAACAUUAGACCGGUGGAAAUUUGUCCUUUAGUCUGGAGUCCAAAUUUGAGAUGUUUUAUUCCAACCGUUGUGUCUUUAUGAGACGUGAUGUGGGUGAACGGAUGAUCUCCACAUGUGUACCACCGUAAAGCAUGGAGGAGGAGGUGUUAUGGUGUGGGGGUGCUUUGCUGGUGACACUAUCUGUGAUUUAUUUAGAAUUCAAGGCACACUUAACCAGCAUGGCUACCACAAAAGUCUGCAGCAUUACGCCAUCCCAUCUGGUUUGGGCUUUGUGGGGCUAUCAUUUGUUUUUAAACAGGACAAUGACCCAACACACCUCCAGGCUGUGUAAGGGCUAUUUCACCAAGAAGGAGAGUGAUGGAGUGCUGCAUCAGAUGACCUGGCCUCCACAAUCCCCCGACCUCAACCAAAUUGAGAUGGUUUGGAAUGAGUCGGACCGCAGAGUGAAGGAAAAGCAGCCAACAAGUGCUCAGCAUGUGUGGGAACUCCUUCAAGACUGUUGGAAAAGCAUUCCAGGUGAAGCUGGUUGAGAGAAUGCCAAGAGUGUGCAAAGCUGUCAUCAAGGCACAGGGUGGCUAUAUGAAGAAUCUCAAAUGUAAAAUAUGUUGUCAUUUUUUUUUACACUUUUUGGUUACUACAUUACUCCAUAUGUGUUAUUUCAUAGUUUUGAUGCCUUCACUGUUAUUCUACAAUGUAGAAAAUAGUAAAAAAUAAAGAAAAACCUUGAAUGAGUAGGUGUUCUAAAACUUUUGACCUGUAGUGUACAGUACAAAUGAGAUGAAAGGGUUAGAAAUGCUUACUGCUCCAACCUGUUUUGGUUCUGUAAGUGGCACUUUGAGCUCUUUUCAACGGAAGGGUCCCAGCUCCUUAUGGGCCCUAGGAAAACCAAACAAUAUUACCCAAGUGCUAGCGCUUUUCUCUGGGUUGAGGGAUAACUUUUUAGGGGAGGGACUAGAAUAUGAGUUGGCCUACUGUAGGCCUAUGUUAUAAUUGAACUGAAUAAAAUAUAAAGGAUAUUUUUCCCAUUACAGAGUGAGUGCGCAUAUUAAGUGGCUAUGUUAAGCGUAAAAGUGAUUAUUAUUACAGCAUAGAGUUAUUUGGCAACUUUAGUUGUGAAUGAUACAAACCUUAGAAUGUGUUAGAAAUCAAAACAUAUAUGGGCUGCGUGGUGUGGGCUGUUGAUGAUUUUGUGGUCCUCUGUAGCUCAGCUCGUAGAGCACGGCGCUUGUAACGCCAAGGUAGUGGGUUCGAUCCCCGGGACCACCCAUACACAAAAAAAUGUAUGCACGCAUGACUGUAAGUCGCUUUGGAUAAAAGCGUCUGCUAAAUGGCAUAUUAUUAUUAUAUUGAUGAAAAAUCUUCCUUUACUCAGGCAAAAAGUGAUCAUAUUUUCACCCAUCAGACUAUUCUCAAUUUAAUCUUGUUUUUACUGAUAUGUAGAAUUAGCUUAGAUUUAGAAUGGCCCAUUUUUUUUUUUUUUUUUUUUUUUUUGUCAUUUAGCAGACGCUCUUAUCCAGAGCGACUUACAGGAGCAAUUAGGGUUAAGUGCCUUGCUCAAGGGCACAUCGACAGAUUUUUCACCUAGUCGGCUCUGGGAUUAGAACCAGCAACCUUUCAGUUACUGGCACAACGCUCUUUCCCACUAACGCUCUUAAUGGUGGGCAGGAACAGGGGAAAAAAUACAUGUCAUCUGCAUGUACUCAGAUAGCCUUGUGAACGGAGGCUGCACGCUUUCCCACCGGUCCGUUUUGUGUACUUGGGUUUUACAGGGAGCAUGUGCUUCAUAUGAGCAACUGAGAAAUACAGUGGGGAUAACAAGUAUUUGAUACACUGCUGAUUUUGCAGGUUUUCCUACUUACAAAGCAUGUAGAGGUCUGUAAUUUUUAUCAUAGGUACACUUCAACUGUGAGAGACGGAAUCUAAAACAAAAAUCCAGAAAAUCACAUUGUAUGAUUUUUAAGUAAUUAAUUUGCAUUUUAUUGCAUGACAUAAGUAUUUGAUCACCUACCAACCAGUAAGAAUUCCGGCUCUCACAGACCUGUUAGUUUUUCUUUAAGAAGCCCUCCUCUCCACUCAUUACCUGUAUUAACUGCACCUGUUUGAACUCGUUACCUGUGUAAAAGACACCUGUCCACACACUCAAUCAAACAGACUCCAACCUCUCCACAAUGGCCAAGACCAGAGAGCUGUGUAAGGACAUCAGGGAUAAAAUUGUAGACCUGCACAAGGCUGGGAUGGGCUACAGGACAAUAGGCAAGCAGCUUGGUGAGAAGGCAACAACUGUUGGCGCAAUUAUUAGAAAAUGGAAGAAGUUCAAGAUGACGGUCAAUCACCCUCGGUCUGGGGCUCCAUGCAAGAUCUCACCUCGUGGGGCAUCAAUGAUCAUGAGGAAGGUGAGGGAUCAGCCCAGAACUACACGGCAGGACCUGGUCAAUGACCUGAAGAGAGCUGGGACCACAGUCUCAAAGAAAACCAUUAGUAACACACUACGCCGUCAUGGAUUGAAAUCCUGAAGCGCACGCAAGGUCCCCCUGCUCAAGCCAGCGCAUGUCCAGGCCUGUCUGAAGUUUGCCAAUGACCAUCUGGAUGAUCCAGAGGAGGAAUGGGAGAAGGUCAUGUGGUCUGAUGAGACAAAAAUAGAGCUUUUUGGUCUAAACUUCACUCACCGUGUUUGGAGGAAGAAGAAGAAUGAGUACAACCCCAAGAACACCAUCCCAACCGUGAAGCAUGGAGGUGGAAACAUCAUUCUUUGUGAUGCUUUUCUGCAAAGGGGACAGGACGACUGCACCGUAUUGAGGGGAGGAUGGAUGGGGCCAUGUAUCGCGAGAUCUUGGCCAACAACCUCCUUCCCUCAGUAAGAGCAUUGAAGAUGGGUCGUGGCUGGGUCUUCCAGCAUGACAACGACCCGAAACACACAGCCAGGGCAACUAAGGAGUGGCUCCGUAAGAAGCAUUUCAAGGUCCUGGAGUGGCCUAGCCAGUCUCCAGACCUGAAUCCAAUAGAAAAUCUUUGGAGGGAGCUGAAAGUCCGUAUUGCCCAGCGACAGCCCCGAAACCUGAAGGAUCUGGAGAAGGUCUGUAUGGAGGAGUGGGCCAAAAUCCCUUCUGCAGUGUGUGCAAACCUGGUCAAGACCUACAGGAAACGUAUGAUCUCUGUAAUUGCAAACAAAGGUUUCUGUACCAAAUAUUAAGUUCUGCUUUUCUGAUGUAUCAAAUACUUAUGUCAUGCAAUAAAAUGCAAAUUAAUUACUUAAAAAUCAUACAAUGUGAUUUUCUGGAUUUUUGUUUUAGAUUCCGUCUCUCACAGUUGAAGUGUACCUAUGAUAAAAAUUACAGACCUCUACAUGCUUUGUAAGUUGGAAAACCUGCAAAAUCGGCAGUGUAUCAAAUACUUGUUCUCCCCACUGUAAAUAUAGGAACACUUAUUUCACUCACCGCAUCAACCACUGUUUGAGGAGCAUGCUCUCGCUGCCCUGACAGGUGAUAUUCCACCUAAACUCUGUAUGCCAUGGGCUCUCCAACCUUGUUCCUGCAUCUACCCAGUGGUUAAUUUGGGAAAUCUGUUCCGGAACUUCAAUGUUUUUGCAAUGAAACAUACAGUGCCUUGCAAAAGUAUUCAUCCCCCUUGGCGUUUUUUCCUAUUUUGUUGCAUUACAACCAGUAAUUUAAAAUGAUUUUUAUUUGGAUUUCAUGUAAUGGACAUACACAAAAUAGUCCAAAUUGGUGAAGUGAAAUGAAAAAAAGAACUUGUUUCAAAAAAUUCUAAAAACUAAAUAACGGAAAAGUGGUGCGUGUAUAUGUAUUCACCCCCUUUGCUAUGAAGCCCCUAAAUAAGAUCUGGUGCAACCAAUUACCUUCAGAAGUCGCAUAAUUAGUUAAAUAAUGGUCCUCUGUAGCUCAGCUGGUAGAGCACAGCGCUUGUAAUGCCAUGGUAGUGGGUUCGAUCCCCGGGACCACCCAUACACAAAAAAAUUAUAUGCACGCAUGACUGUAAGUCGCUUUGGAUAAAAGCAUCUGCUAAAUGGCAUAUUAUCAUUAAAUUAAAAAUAAUGUCCACCUGUGUGCAAUCUAAGUGUCACAUGAUCUCAGUAUAUAUACACCUGUUCUGAAAGGCCCCAGAGUCUGCAACACCACUAAGCAAGUGGCACCACCAAGCAAGCGGCACCUUGAAGACCAAGGAGCUCUCCAAACAGGUCAGGGACAAAGUUGUGGAGAAGUACAGAUCAGGGUUGGGUUAUAAAAAAAUAUCAAAAACUUUGAACAUUCCACGGAGCGCCAUUAAAUCCAUUUAUAAAAAUAGGAAAUAAUAUGGCACCACAACAAACCUGCCAAGAGAGGGCCGCCCACCUAAACUCACGGAUCACGCAAGGAGGGCAUUAAUCAGAGAGGCAACAAAGAUAACCCUGAAGGAGCUGCAAAGCUCCACAGCGGAGAUUGGAGUAUCUGUCCAUAGGAACACUUUAAGCCUUACACUCCACAGAGCUGGGAUUUACGGAAGAGUGGCCAGAAAAAAGCCAUUGCUUAAAGAAAAAAAUAAGCAAACACGUUUGGUGUUCGCCAAACGCAUGUGGGAGACUCCCCAAACAUAUGGCAGAAGGUACUCUGGUCAGAUGAGACUAAAAUUGAGCUUUUUGGCCAUCAAGGAAAACGCUAUGUCUGGUGCAAACCCAACACCUCUCAUUACCCUGAGAACACCAUCCCCACAGUGAAGCAUGGUGGUGGCAGCAUCAUGCUGUGGGGAUGUUUUUCAUCAGCAGGGACUGGGAAACUGGUCAGAAUUGAAGGAAUGAUGGAUGGCGCUAAAUACAGGGAAAUUCUUGAGGGAAACCUGUUUCAGUCUUCCAGAGAUUUGAGACUGGGAUGGAGGUUCACCUUCCAGCAGGACAAUGACCCUAAGCAUACUGCUAAAGCAACACUAGAGUGGUUUAAGGGGAAACAUUUAAAUGUCUUGGAAUGGCCUAGUCAAUGCCCAGACCUCAAUCCAAUUGAGAAUCUGUGGUAUGACUGUACACCAGCCGAACCCAUCCAACUUGAAGGAGCUGGAGCAGUUUUGCCUUGAAGAAUGGGCAAAAAUCCCAGUGGCUAGAUGUGCCAAGCUUAUAGAGACAUACCCCAAGAGACUUGCAGCUGUAAUUGCUGUAAAAGGUGGCUCUACAAAGUAUUGAAUUAUUUAUUGUUUGUUUCACAAAUAAAUAUUUUGCAUCUUCAAAGUGGUAGGCAUGUUGUGUGAAUCAAAUUAUACAAACCCCCUAAAAAUCAAUUUUAAUUCCAGGUUGAAAGGCAACAAAACAGGAAAAAUGCCAAGGUGGGUGAAUACUUUCGCAAGACACUGUGAAAAAAAAGCAACACAAAGCUGGUUACAAUUUCAAUGUCAUCGUCCUAAAAAGCCAGUUCAAAUAUUACAACAAAUAUUAUGGUUAAACUCAAAUAUACUGAUUGAUGAAAAACCAUUCUUUAUGGAUAAAAUUAUUAUUAUCUUUGCUAAUGAUAUUAUCAAUAGGAAUGGUGAAGUUAUGUCACACAUGCAGCUAUCAAAAAUGUAUGGGAAUAUUUGCUCUAUCCAAUGUUAGAACCAACUGAUUGCAGAAUUACUGCAGAAAUGUAGGAGGCGAAUCAAAAUGGGAUGUAACUUGGAAAAUGUUUGUCUGCCCUAAAGACCAAAACUGGCUGAAAAACAAAACUGGCUGAAAAAAAUAUACCAGUUUCAUUUGAGGAUUAAAAUGUUGACAGUUCCGCAAUUCAAGUUGCAAAAUAGCUGGGAAGAGAUUUUCAGUGUUCCGAUUCCAUGACACAAAAAACAAAGCUCGAUUGAAAACUUGAAAUAUUAUACAAAAUUCUGGCCACCAACAGAAUAUUGUAUACAGUAUAUGAGGCACACAACCAUCUCAGCUCUGCAGUUUUUGCUGCAAAGACACAGAAUCGUUAGAACAUUUAUUCUGGUAUUGCCCCAUGUAGCUUGUUUCUGGUCACAGGUUCAGGAAUGGCUGACAAAUCACAACAUUCAUUUAAAACUAACCCUACAAAUAGCACCCCAGCCAACAGGGGAAGUCCUGAGAACAUUUGGUGAUGUUCCCAUUAGGUCCCUUAAGGGUUUUGGCGCAAUGUUAUCCCACUGACAUUCUGAGAACGUUAUAAGAACAUUGCGUGAUGGUCCCAAGGGAACGUUCUCUGGGGGACCUUUGUCUUGUUCCCAUGACGACCAUGUCAGGACCUUGGUCCCCUGGAUGUUUUGUCUAGUUCCUGAUUGGUCCCGGGGAUGGAAAUUGAAAUAAUUACAAAUAUAUUGUUUUAUGUACUGUAUGUGUUAAAAUUGUCAACAAAAUAAAUACAUAUGGGAAAGCAUUACAGAUAUUUGAAAUAUAUCAUUUUUAUUUCGAGAUGCCAGAAGCCUAAACGUAUCUAUCCACUGCUUGCUCAUAUUAGCAGCAUAACCCAGUCUCUGUCAGUAUCCCACCUCCCUCUCUCAUCCUGCACCCAUGGGACAUACAGAAUAAACACUGGAACCACGUCCCACUCAUUGAAAGGGAUUGUAUGGGCAGUCCCAGUGUCUUAAGGGGCACUCUCACCUCUAUAAAGAGAGAAACCACUCAGUCUGCCCUGUCAGACACAGCUGCCCUGCUGAAGGCUGGCGUGGCACUGAGAACAGAGGUGGUUCUGCUGCUGCUGGUGGUGGGGGUGAGCGGUAUAUCCAGCCCCAGCCCCAGCCUGCUCUCUGCUGGGCCAACCCGCUCUGCCGAGAGGGACAUCAACAUUGGGGCAGUGUUCUCCCUACAUAGGAAUGGCUUCUUCAAGGCCCAUUCCUUCCCCUCCAGACCAGAGAAAACCCCCUGUAUCAGGUAUGUGUUGAAAACAACUGUCUGUAGGUACUUUCCACUGUUGUGGAAUAUUUCUCAAGAUAUAUGUUUUUGUCUCUUAGCAGUGGAAUUAGGCACACGGCUGAAUAACACUAUUGUAGAUGAUCUGUGUGUUUAUCUUUCAACCAAAAAAUAUACAAAUUGAUUAUUCUAUUACACUAAACACAAUACUCAAAUCAUCAGUUUUAGUUCAAAUGCUGGCAUAUCUGAUUCCUGGCUUCAACUCUCUGUCCAGUUUCAACCCACGUUCCAGUUUGCCCAGACCCUGAUGUUUUCCCUGGAGGAGAUCAACAACAGCAGUGAUCUGCUGUCAGGGCUGUCUCUGGGUUACCAGGUCUUUGACUCCUGUUGCUCUGCCACUCUGGCCAUCCGCUCAGCCCUGGCCCUGAUUAACAGCCCUGGGCCUGAGCACAUCCUGGGUGACCCCUCCUCCUGCUCCAGACCUCCAGCCGUGUUGGGCAUCGUAAGGGAGUCAGGCUCCACACCCACCAUCGGAAUAUCAUCCCUGGUCGGACCAUUCAGCAUCCCCGUGGUGAGACACCUUCAGGAUUUGGCUCUUUAGAGGUAGUAUACUCAAUGUCAGCUAUGUAUGAAACCUCAAUUCAAAUCUUCCCUUUCCUUCCACACAGAUUAGCCUUUUUGCCACCUGUGCUUCUCUGAGUAAUAGAAAAAAGAUCCCCAGAGUAGAUCCCUGGCAAUGCUGGUCGAACACUUUGUCUGGACCUGGGUGGGAGUGCUGAAAAGCAACAAUGAUUAUGGAAACAACGGCAUGGCCACCUACAUGGAGACAGAGUGGAAGGAGGCCAUGUCCCACACAGACCCCGAAGAGAGGCCCCUGGAGGCGGUCAGGGUGAUGUGGAGGGCCACAGCCAAGGGUGGUGGUACUGUUCCUGCGCUUGGGGGACAUCAUCUCCCUGCUGAAUGAGCUGGCCCUGGAGGGAGACCCAGGGCUGCAGUGGGUGGGCAGCGAGUCCUGGAUCACAGCCAGACUGCUGGUCGGAGAACGAGGCCUACAGCUUCCUGAGGGGGGGGGGGUGGUGGGCUUUGCCAUCUGGAGGGGUUCCUAGACAGGGUGCACCCCUCCCAGGCACCAGACAACACCCUGCUCAGGGAGUUCUGGGGGACUGUGUUCCAGUGCUCCUUCGAGGGUGGCGGCGAAGAGGGCAGCAGCACGCUGUGCACAGGAACAGAGAGCUUAGCAGAGCUGAAGAACCAAUACACUGAUGUGUCAGAACUGAGAACAUCCAAGUGUAUACGCCAUCGCACAUUAUCUACACAACCUACUGACACAAAGCAUAUCCUAUGAAUCACCCCACUCACUCUCUCUCUCUCUCUCUCUCUCUCUCUCUCUCUCUCUCUCUCUCUCUCUCUCUCUCUCUCUCUCUCUCUCUCUCUCCCUCUCCAUGUUGUUAAGCAGGUGCUAUAGUACCUGAAGGAUGUAAGGUUUAGAGUGAAGGCUGGAGAGAAGAUUUGGUUUGAUGCUAAUGGGGAUGCGGUGGCGUGCUACGACCUGGUGAACUGGCAGCAGGAGGAGGAUGGUACCCUGCAGUUCCAUGCAGUGGGGUUGUAUGACGCCUCGAUGCCCCCUGAACAGCGCUUUACCAUCAACCAGGGAAAACUGGUCUUGGCAGGGGGCCAUAUUGACUAUGUUGCAAAAGCAUAACACAUGCAAACCUAAAAACACUGCAAAUGUAAAACAUGCAUUCUAUAAUGUACCUGUUUUACACAAUCACAUACCCUACCUCACAAAUACCCCUCAUUCACUAUGAUGAAAAAAUAUGAAUUGUAUUUUUCAUAUCACUUAACCAAGUAGUGACAUAAAAAAUGGUUGUGAAAAUGUACCAAUUGUUAGCACAAAAUUAUUUACAUAAAAUACACCAAUAUUCACACGUGUUGUAUUUCUCUGCAGGUGCCUGUGUCAGUGUGCAGUGAGAGCUGUCCCCCAGGCACUCGUAAGGCUGCACAGAAAGGAAAGCCUGUCUGCUGUUAUGACUGUAUCCCAUGUGCAGAGGGAGAUAUCAGCAACGCUACAGGUGAUGCACAAACACACAGCACAGAUUAGUAACAUCACAGAUACUACAUGAUGCAUUUAGGCCGACCCACAAUACCUUUCAAGCUCUAUCACUGCACAAUGAGACCAAUAGAUAUCAAAGAACACAUGACACAGUGGCCUGAUUCACGGAAUGAAUGAUGAUGUUCUGAAAUCUCCUUGAAGAUUCUAACGGCUGCUAUCGUUCGUGACUUGGAGUAUUGGUCAAAUGAGAACAGGGACCGCUGUGUGUUGAAUUCCUCUCCCAUGAAGAAGUCAUGGGCAUAGUUCUGGUAUUUGUGUCCUUACUGGGGUGCUGUGUUACUAUUCUGGUAGCUGUUGUGUUGUUUUCGUCAGGGACAACAACUCUGAGCUGAGCUUCCUGCUGCUCUUCUCCUUGACUCUGUGUUUUCUGUGUUCUCUUACUUUCAUUGGCCGGCCCUCUGAGUGGUCCUGUAUGCUGCGCCACACAGCGUUUGGGAUCACCUUCGUCCUCUGCAUCUCUUGUGUUCUGGGGAAAACAAUAGUGGUGUUGAUGGCCUUCAGGGCUACAAUUCCAGACAGUAAUGUCAUGAAAUGGUUUGGGCCUCCACAGCAGAGACUCAGUGUUCUGGCUUUCACUCUCAUACAGGUCCUGAUCUGUGUUCUCUGGUUAACAGUCUCCCCUCCUUUCCCCUACAAGAAUAUGAAGACCUAUAAGGAAAAGAUCAUUCUAGAGUGUGAUGUGGGUUCAGCUAUUGGUUUCUGGGCUGUGUUGGGGUAUAUAGGACUCCUGGCUCUCUUGUGCUUUGUGCUGGCUUUUCUGGCUCGAAAGCUGCCUGAUAACUUCAAUGAGGCCAAAUUCAUCACCUUCAGCAUGCUCAUAUUCUGUGCAGUCUGGAUCACCUUUAUCCCAGCUUAUGUCAGCUCUCCUGGGAAGUUCACUGUAGCUGUGGAGAUAUUUGCUAUUCUGGCCUCUAGUUAUGGUUUACCUUUCUGCAUAUUUGCUCCUAAAUGUUUCAUUAUAUUACUGAGGCCAGAGCAAAACACCAAGAAACACAUGAUGGGGAAGAGAUCCAAUGAUAUACGUUAUUAAAGAAACACAUGAUGGGGAAGAGAUCCAAUGAUAUACGUUAUUAAAGAAACAGAUGAUGGGGAAGAUAUCCAAUGAUAUACGAUAUCAAAGAAACAGAUGAUGGGGAAGAUAUCCAAUGAUAUACGAUAUUAAAGAAACAGAUGAUGGGGAAGAUAUCCAAUGAUAUACGAUAUUAAAGAAACAGAUGAUGGGGAAGAGAUCCAAUGAUAUACGAUAAUAAAGAAACAGAUGAUGGGGAAGAGAUACACAAUGAUAUACGGUUAUUACAAGAAAACACAUGAUGGGGAAGAUAUCCAAUGACAUACGUUAUUAAAGAAACAGAUGAUGGGGAAGAUAUCAAAUGUUAUACUAUAGCUCAGUUGGUAGAGCAUGGCGCUUGCAACGCCAGGGUUGUGGGUUCGUUUCCCACGGGGGGCCAGUAUGAAAAUGUAUGCACUCACUAACUGUAAGUCGCUCUGGAUAAGAGCGUCUGCUAAAUUACUAAAAUGUAAAAAUGUAAAAUUAUAUAAAGAAACAGAUGAUGGGGAAGACAUCCAAUGUAAUAUACGAUAUUAAAGAAACAGAUGUUGGGAAAAGUGUCAUCCAAAGCCCUUUACGAUUAAUACUAACCAUUGGCCUAUUCAAAGUCAUUCUAUAAAUAGAUACAGACACAGAAACAUAAUUUCAAAGUCAGUCAUGGGUUAACUCCGUCCUCAGGCUCAAUUGCUGCCGCACAUAUAGUCUGGAAACACUGCAACAAAGUGGGACUUGAAAGGGGAAGGGUUCAAAUCGAGGAGGGAGAGACAGAGCUUGCUACAGCUGUAUUCAAAAUAAAUGUUCUAUCACAGCGAUCAUAUUAUUUUUGGGGAAGCCCCAAUUGAUUCUGAGUUUGGGUAUAUAAAGUUUACAUGUGAAAACUAGAUAUGGAUUUCCCGAACUCACUUCCUUGUUUAGCCUAAAUCGUUUUCACUGCUCGCGCUUUUGAAACCCACAAUGUAGAGGGGAGGUUCCACGGGUGAUGCUAGAUGGUGACAGGUUAUGCUACAUGGUGAUGGACUGAGAGAUCAGCCAAUGAAAAUCCAGAGGGAGCUUUUCCCGCCCUCUGCCGUGGGCUCCAUUCAAGUCUCUUUCUGUGGCGCUGUGAAACCAGACGGUUCAAAAGAGAGAGUCGGCUGGUGGACGAGAUGAAUCAUGGGUAUGUGGAUGUUAAAUAAAUCCCCCCUUCCUGAACACACAAUCCCAACAGGAUCCAACCACUCCCUGUGCACUAAUAAACGACACAUUAUGCCAAGCAGCCAUAUCUACAGGGGGUAUGGUCAGCACAUCAUGAAUGUCAAGGACAAUAAUGAAGCAGAAAGAAAAUCACAUUUCUGAUAUCGCCUGUGUGUUAACUCUGUUCAUCAUCACUACUCAGCCCCAGCAGCCACUGACAGCUCUGGUGUGCUUCCACAGGCCCCCCUUAGUGACUGCUGCUGUCUCACAGGCCUGCUCUGGACAAGCUUGA